UGUUCGAUUGUUUACGCGCGUCUUGAUUAUCGCAAAUUAUUUUCACGAAUAUAACACUUAUAGUACCUACUUGAAGUUACCUGCAUUAAAAUCCAUAUGUGAUGUCGAUGUGGGUAUACCUAACUUAUUUCGGCUGCGUCUAAAACGUCGAGUUUCGCGAUUAUGUUACUGUAAAGUGUAAAUAUUUGGCAUUUUUUCGCCAUCGGUUUGUUCCGGUAAAUUUAUUUCAUUCAUUUGCGCUAAAGUAAUUUAGCGAAUUAUUGAAAAAGUUUUAGUGCUUCAGUGCAUCCCCUCUGUGUGUGAUUGGUUGUUUUUAAAUAAUAUUAUAGAUGUGGAUCAUAUUGAGAAGAAAGAAACCCGAGAAGAUUCACGUCACUAGACGAAUUGAUAGAGAGGAGGGAACCUUGCAAACGGUGAUUACAGAGUAGGCGAUACUAGAUGGCAAUGGUCGAAGCAGCACCGUCAUUUGGUUGGUUUACUGGAGAAGAUGGAAGGCUCACUGCUUCUUGUCGAGGUAUUGCAGUCCACACCACCCAGAACAAUGAAGUGGAAGAUGUGAAUAGGUUGAAAGCAGGGAAAGAACAGCUGCCGAUAAUUACAACAUCAACGGAAACAGACGACUCGGAAUGUACGGGCGAAAAGCGCAAAGAUAGAAGGAAAUGCGACAAACAAGAUGAACUGCCGCCGCCGAGUACACAUAAUGAAAAUGGCUCAGCGUCGGCAGCGUCGGCUAACGCCGACUUGCCUAAUUUCAGCUCGGCGUUACAGCUGCGAGAAAACGUCGAGAUAAAUAUUACAAGCGUGGCCACUAAUCGACCCAUAUACCCGAAUAUACCAUAUUCUCCAUACUCUUCGCCCAGAACCGCGCGUCGUAAAUCACCGCUCAAAGAAUGUCGCAGAGUGAGCAUCGAUGAAUGCGGCUCUUAUCAGCAGCUCAAUCAAUACAAGUUGAUCGAUUCCAUCGGACAGGGUUCUUUCGGAUUGGUAAAACUUGCCUACAACGAAGAAGACGAUAAACACUAUGCAAUGAAGAUAUUAUCGAAAAAGAAAUUACUCAGAAAAGCUGGAUGUUUCGGCAGAAUAGCACCGAAUAGAAAAGGUACCAAUCCACUAGAUAAAGUUUACCGCGAAAUAGCAGUGCUCAAGAAGUUAGAUCAUCCAAAUGUAGUAAAACUUAUCGAAGUUUUAGACGACCCCGACGAAGAUCAUCUAUACUUAGUUUUCGAACUGUUAGAACGCGGCGAAGUUAUGCAAAUACCCACAGCCGAGCCAUUAAGCGAAGACCAAGCUUGGCAUUACUUUCGAGAUGUGGUUUUAGGAUUAGAAUACCUUCACUACCAGAAAAUCAUUCAUCGUGAUAUUAAACCUUCGAAUUUACUGCUCGGUGACGACGACCACGUUCAGAUCGCCGAUUUAGGAGUAUGUAACGAAUUCGACGGCUCUGACGCCAGGUUAAAUUCAACCGCCGGCACGCCCGCUUUUACUGCACCCGAAGCUUUGGAUCCGAAUGCGAAAUAUUUCAGUGGAAAAGCUUUGGAUUUAUGGUCGUUGGGAUGUACUUUAUACGCUUUCGUUUUCGGAAAGUUACCAUUUUACGACGAAUCUGUUUUAACUUUAUAUAAUAUGAUUAAAACCGAACCGGUUCAAUUUCCCAGUCAGCCUAAGAUUUCCGAACCUCUACACGAUCUCUUAGUACGUCUUUUGGAGAAAGAUCCAUCCUCAAGGAUCACCUUACCAGAAAUCAAGGUACACGACUGGGUGACUCGUAAUGGAACCGCCCCUCUGCCAUCAGAAGAAGAAAAUUGUCAACUGGUAGAAGUAAGCGAAGAGGAAGUUCAACAGGUCGUCAAGUCAAUUCCGAAACUUGAUACAUUGAUUUUAAUAAAGACAAUGCUCAGAAAACAUUCCUUUCAGAACCCCUUCAAUCAUCAUGAAAGCUCAACUCGUAAAUUAGAAGAAAGCGGACGUUCAUUCUCAGCUCCAAUGGCGAGUUCCUGUCACUCAACAAGUAAUCGGAUGUACGCCAGCGAAUCUUCAUUGCCGAGUGUAAAAGAAGUCAUACCUCAAGAAGCUAUCAAUCAAAAGUAAUUUAUUCUACUUAACGCGCUCUUAAUGGCAUUUGUUACUUUUAGUCGUUUUUCUCUCAUUUAAAUUUUUUCUAUGUUAUUCAUUAUUAUUAUUUUGCAAAAUGGACCAAAAAUAAAAUUUAUUUAUAAAUUUA